CAUGCUGACAGCGGCUGAUCGUUUCUGCUGGCGGCGAAGACACAGAGGAGUCCUGCUGUAAUUACUCCGAGCAGACAAAGUAAGAACUAACCGUUAUUAGUCCGCUGUUUGACAGCAGCGCCGCUUUGCGUCACAUUUAUCAUCGUAACCGCAGACAAAAUGUCCCUCCGCUACCACGACAAAGUGGCUGUUGUCACAGGAGGAUCCAAAGGGAUUGGCAGAGGGAUUGUCAGAGUGUUUGUGGAAAACGGAGCCAAAGUGGCGUUUUGUGGAAGAGAAAGUGCAGCAGGUGAAGCUUUAGAGGCGGAACUUAACAAGACCGGACCAGGCUCGUGCAAGUUUGUCAGAAAUGACAUCUCCAAGGAAGAAGACAUAAAGAGGCUGAUUGCAGUCACAGUGGAGCAGUUUGGUCACAUCGACUGCCUGGUCAACAACGCAGGCUGGCACCCUCCUCAUAAACCCACUGACGACACCACAGCAGAGGAGUUCAGAGACUUGUUGAAUCUGAACCUCGUCAGCUACUUUUUGACAUCUAAAUAUGUGUUACCCUACCUACGAGAGCGCCAAGGAAACAUCAUCAAUAUUUCCAGUCUUGUGGGAACUAUCGGUCAGAAAGAUGCUGCGCCGUAUGUUGCCACAAAGGGGGCGAUCAUUUCCAUGACAAAGGCAAUGGCAGUGGAUGAGAGUCGCUACAAUGUGAGAGUCAACUGCAUUUCACCAGGUAACGUGAUGACACCUCUGUGGGAGCAACUAGCAGCACAGACACCAGAUGCAGCUGCCACCAUUAAAAUGGGGGAAAAUGCUCAGCUCAUGGGUCGAAUGGGGACUGAGGCUGAGUGUGGACUGGCUGCUUUAUAUCUCGCUGCCGAGGCCACUUUCUGCACCGGGAUUGACCUGCUGCUCAGUGGAGGAGCUGAACUGAACUACGGCUUCAAGAGUCAGAUCCAGUCCUCACAAUCCUGAGUGUCCUUGUGGCGGAGAUAUGUGCAAAUGUGCUGGUUACAUGACUAAAAUGAAUACUAAAUAAUUUUGGAUAUAAGGAAAGAAAUUAUGUUAAUUGAUUUCAACUAGCUUGGUGCUUGAAGUUGAAAAUUUAAAGCUUAGAAUUUUGGCAUCCUAACUUUGUAACUGGACCUGCACCACUCCCCUAUGAUUAGCCAAUCAGCACUAGCCUCUCUGACCUAUAAUAACCUGCUUUCGCCUACCCCAAUCAGAGGUUUGGUUUUUUUUUCUUUUCUUUUUUUUCUCUUCCCUCAUGCUUCCAAGGACUUCCUGAAUGAGACUGCUGGCCAAUAAAAC